AUGAAUAGUGCAUUUCAGAAUGUGCUAAUUAUAGCCAUUCUUCUAAAAACGGCGAGUACUGAUUUCGCCUUAUCACAUUACCGACAGCGGCGGGCAGCAUCAACGAUCGACGUAUCACUCAAAAAGCCUGUUAUCAAUGCUUUAACAGAAAAAACGUCAAUUGAUGACCCUUGGGAACGCUGCAUGAUUAUCGCCCCCAUGACUAUUCAACUGUUGGGGCAAUUGCUUGUUGUUUCGAGCAAAACUGAUGUUUCAUUCCAGGAAUUUUCACCCAAUCGCUCUUACAAAUACAUUCGAAAUCCACAAUCAUUACGUGCCACUCUUCUGCAAAUAUCAAAUGAUGGCUAUCAGGCAUUUCUGAGUGCUCAUUCGGCAAUGAAUACAAUUCAACUCAACAUGUUGCAGAUACCAAAAAAUAUUAAAACUGCUCUCAAACUAUUGGCUGGAAAUUCUCCACCGAGUGUACUUAAAAAAUUGCUGCCACAGGUGUUGCAAAAUCUAGAAGAUACAGGAAAUGAAUGCGUAGAGUUAUCUAAUAAUACUAGACAUGAAUUUUUGCAAGUGAUGCUACUGUUAGGAGAAGUAAUCGAAGUGACAACUACUACGCAAUCGCUUCAUCAGGAACAAAUACGCAAGAACGAGAAGGAAAUAGCAGCCUUGAGAACGAUUGAAGAUGGCAUGAAAAAGGAGGAAGAGUUUCGCACGCAACGUUACAAAGAAGCUAGCGAUUCCGUAAAACGGGCCGAGGACAGUUAUUAUGCCGCUUUAAGAACAAUACCAACAGGUUUCAAAGCAAUUCUUCAGGAUUUUUCCCGAGGCAUACUCAAUAUGGCCCCUACAAUUAUUGGAGGUAUUGUCGGUGGACCUAUUGGAGCGCUGACUACAACGGUUCUAAAGCCCAAUAUCGGUUCUAGUGGACAAGGCGGCAGUUCAAAUCCUUCGAGCAAAACUGCACUCAAUCAAGUGUUAUCAGUCGGUCAUAGUCAGACGCUUGUUAUGGCAAAUCAAUUUUCUAACACCUUACAAAAAUUUAUAAAAGAUGUUUCUAGUGCAGAGCAGAAUAGUACAGUAUUGAAAGGUUACGCCACGACCUUCAAAAUGUUUCGAGAGUUUAUUACAUCACUUUCUGACAAUCCUGCAAAACAAACAGCAAUAGAUCUAAUGAAGCGUGCGGAAAAUCUCGUAGCAGAAGAGUUGGCUAAAGGCAAUCAGAAGAAAGAAAAUCCUGAAAUUAAUAAUGCACUGAUAGAGCAAUUACAAGACAUUGCAGAACAAUUAAAACCGCUUCAAACAGCAGCACAAUUUACCGAUCCAAAAACUACAGGGGAAACUUUAACGAACAUUGGCAAUCAUCCUGCUUAUGGUGCUCGUGAUUCGUCGAAAAAUGAAUUAUUCAAAGCUCAACUUGCUCAAGCAAACUUGGUAGACAUGAAACGUUUUCAAGACGAACAGGCUGCUGCCUAUUUGGCAUUGCUUGGAGAGAUGCGCAAAUUGAGCAGUCAAAUGGUCGCCAUCAAUUUUACCACUCUUCAGUACAAAGAGAUUGUUACAAUGCUUGAGAAGGCACUCGAGCUACUUGGUCGAUUGCGUCUUCAAUGGAAUACUUUCGUGGUCUUCUUCGAAGAUAUGUCGGCCAAGAUCAAAAGCAUGAUCAAAGGGCCAUUGCGCCGUUUUCUUCAAAUCUCCCGAGCGAGAAGUGACACAACAGGUGCUGCACGUAUGCAACUUAUCGACACGCUCAAAGAUGAUACGUUCGGAAUCCAUCGUGAGGCAUAUGUUCUCUUUGUUAUGUCACGGACUUACUACGAUGUAUCGAGUCAAUAUCUAAUGGGCCGAUUAGCUGGUCUCUCGAUGAUGCUCACAACUAAAACCGACGAGGAUCGAUCGAAAAUGAUGAAGUCAAUCGAGAAAGAUACGAAUUCAACGCUCGCACAAGUCGAAGAAAUGAUCCGAGAACGAAAACAAGCAUUCGAUACAGAAAUGGAGAAGAAGAAUGCAGAAGUCGCUUCGUUAAUCACUCAAUUAGGUGGACAUGACGAAAAUAAUAAAUCUGCAAUUAAAAAAGGCCAGAAAUUGAUCCGUACCGAUGAUGAAUGGGGUGACGAUUAA